AUGGCGUCCGAAAGUAAAUAUCCCGACCUAACAAACUUCAAAGCUCUAAGCUUCGACUGCUACGGCACACUCAUCGACUGGGAAACCGGCUUCAUAAGCACCGUCCGGAUCCUAACCUCGCAGCUCGCGCCCACACACCCCUUAAACACCGACCCACCAACAGAAGCCAUACGGCGCCUCAACGCCAUCACCAACGUCUACGAGCACAAGCACCCCACAUUUCCAUACAACGAGAUCCUCGCCCAAUCCAUCACCGCCUUCGCGCGCGACGAGCUGCAGCUCCCCGGGCUGCCCGACAGCAUCGCCGAGCCCUUCGGCAACUCGCCCGGGUCGUGGGCGCCGUUCGCCGACACCAUCCCCGGGCUGCUGAAGCUGCAGAAGCGCUACAAGCUCGCCAUCCUGUCCAACGUCGACAACAACAACAUCGCCGCGACCGUCGACCAGCGGUUGGCGCCCGCGCGCUUCGACGCCGUCUACACGGCGCAGGACAUCGGGUCGUACAAGCCGUCGCACAAGAACUUCGAGUAUCUGUUUAGCCACCUGCGCGCGGAUCUCGGCGUCGACAGGGACGCGGGCGAGCUGCUGCAUGUCGCGCGCAGCUUGACGGCGGAUCAUGUGCCGGCGAAGGAGCUGGGGCUACCGAGCGUGUGGAUAUCGAGGGGUGGGGAGCGCGAGGACGCGCAGGGGGUGGGGGGCAGUUAUACGGAAUUGAAGGAUAAGGUGGCGUUUGGAUGGCGGUUUGAUACUUUGGGGGAUUUUGCGGACGAGGUUGAGAGGCAGUUUGCUGCGAAGGAGAAGUCGUGA